AAAUAUUAUUUUUGUUUGUAAUUUGAUAUAUAAAUAUUUAAUAAAUAAUAAUAAUAGCAAAUAAACAUACAAAGCAAUUAAUUAAUUAAUUUUUGUAUUUAAAAAUUAAAAAAUAUAAUAGCGCAAAGUUAAUAAAUAUAUUAAUAGAUAGAUAUUUUACUUAAUUUUCAUUUUAAAAGCUAGUCAGUCUCACUAUAAAAAAUGAAUUAGGAAGGAUUUCAAGCAAUCAACACUUUUCAUUAAGAUAUAAUACACGAUAUAUCAUUUGACUGGUAUGGUUAAAGACUAGUCACUUGUUCAUCUGACAGAAAUGUAAAAAUUUGGCAUAAAAACUAAUCAGGAAAAUGGGAUUUAUACCACUCAAUCACUAAUCAAGAAGGUCCAGUUAGGAAAGUAAAAUGGGCUCAUCCUUAAUUUGGAACUAUUUUGGCUGCAUGCUCAAUGGAUCGCUCUAUUCAUAUUUAUUAAGAAUAUAAAGAUAUUACUUCAAUACAAAAGGAUCCCAAUGAAUAAUAAUUAUAAAAAUAAUGGAAACCCAUCAAAAUCUAUAACGACAAAGAAGUUAUUGAAGACAUGAAAUUUGCUCCUAUACAUGUUGGUUUAAUAUUAGCUGUUGCAAGAGCUGAUGGAAGGAUUAGUAUUUUCCAAUUUAAAGAUCUUUUGAACUUACAAAUUCAUGAGCAAAUCUCGAAUAUCUCUGUCUCUCCUUUAGGAAUUAAUAGUAUUUCUUGGAACAAAAAUAGAUUUGAUAAGAAGCAUAUGAUUGCAGUCGGAUGUAAAGAUAGAGAUACAUCUCAAACUAAAAAUUAAAAUGGAAUUAACGGCGUCAAUUAAAAGUAUAUCGAUGAAGAAAUCAAAUCCGGUUAAUCCUUCAAAAUUAUUGUCUUCAACAGUCUUUAAACUGUAAAUGCUUAAGAUCACUAUCAAAUGAAAUUUGAAUUCCAAGAAAGCAAUGCUUAAUAACUUAUGCACACCUAAAAUGUAAGUGAUGUAUCCUGGAGUUUAAUAAAUGGAAGAUCUUUUCAUUUAAUUGCAACAUGUGGUAAAGAAGGAGCCAGAAUUUGGUACAUGAAACAAUUAUCUACAAACUAAAAUGUCAUAUAAGUUAUUAAAGUUAUUGACUUGUUUGAUCAAAAUUACAGAGAAAGCAUUGAAGUCCAAAAGAUAUCUUGGAAUAUUAUGGCUUCACUAGUAGCAACCUCUGACAGCAACAACGAAAUUAAAAUCUUUAAAUGUGUCGGAAUGGGUAAAUGGGAAAAAAUUAAGAGUAUUAAAGAAACUUAGGAUUCAGAAUAAUGA